AUGUCUCCUUUGGGUAGACCACAGCCCCUGAGCCUCAUAUUUCUUUUGGGGAUGGGGAUGGCAUCAGAGAGGAUCAACUGCCCGAGCAGGUGUAGCUGUCAGUACCUGGCAGUAAACUGCACUGGGCAGCAGUUGCAGGAGUUCCCUGUGGACAUCCCUCUGGACACCAGGCAGCUGAUUCUGGCAGUAAACAAUGUCUCGUACCUGCCGGCAGUGGAAUUGAGCUUCCUGGCUGAUUUGGUCUACCUGGACUGCAGGAAGAACCUCUUGGGGGAUGACCUGGAUUUCACUUUCUUUGGCAUGGCCAAACUUGUCUAUCUGGACCUCAGCUUCAACAACCUCACACAAGUCACCCUCAACACAUUCUCACACCUCCUCAGCCUGGUGGUGCUGAAGAUCUCGGACAAUCCCAACCUUGUGGCCAUCGAGAAGGAUGCUUUUGCCAACAACACCUGGCUGAGGCACCUGGAUGUGAGCCGGACUGGUUUAACAUUCCUGGACACCAGCACUGUCCGGGACCUGCCCAACCUGAGGUUUCUGGGGCUCAGUGACAACCUGUGGCACUGCAACUGCUCCUUUCUGGAUUUCAUCACCUGGAUGACGGAGAGCAACGUUCAUUUUCCAGAUGCUGACAACAUCACCUGCCACACCCCAGAAGGCCUGCGUGCCCUGAGGAUGCCAGCAGUGAAGGCACAGCUCCACUUCAGCUGCCUGACCCAGCUCUACAAGCAGGACUAUGUCUUUCUGUGCCUCGUCGGCCUCUGCAUAUUCCUUGCUGGCACCACAGCAGCCUGGCUAGCUGGAAUCUGUGCUGUCAUCUAUGAAGUCCAUGUUUCCAAGGGAGAGGAGGAAGAGGAGGAUGAGGACGAAGACACAGCCACUUAG